AUGGGAGAUUCGUCUAGGAUCGAGUCUGCUAUGUCAAGCACUGUGGAAAGUUCAGCGAUGUCGGGUGUGGAUCCUGGGGAGAACGAGAACCGGAGCACAGUUGUGGCUAUUGUAGUCUGCCUGAUGUUCCUGGGGAUAGCCUUCGUGGUGAUCUUCCUCCUCGUUGGAUCGAGUGAUUCCGAAGACGCACAAGAUGACUUCGGCAACAGCGACGGAGGUGGCGUUGGCGGUGUUAGCGGUGGUGGUGGUGGUGGCGGCAGCAGCCUCCCUCCUCCGGUACCAGUUCCUAUAGGAGCUAAAACACCAGCCUCGACGACCACGCCUCCAUCAGUACUACCAGCAAGUGGACCGAGAGGACCGGUACCUCCAUCUGGGGCACCAGUUCCGCAACAAGGGGGACCAGCGUCGCCAUCUGGGGGACCAGGUUUGCCACAAGGGGGACCAGCUCCCGCAUCUGGGGGACCAGGUUCGCCACAAGGCGGACCAGCGCCGCCAUCUGGGGGCCCUGUUCCGCCAUCUGGAGGACCUCCACCUCCACCUGGGGGACCAAUAUCUCCACCUGGGGGACCAGUACCUCCACCGGCAAGACCAGUUCCUCCAGCGGCGCCACCGACGUGCAAUUGUACGGACAACCUGUCGCACGCAUACCGACAGCUGCCUCUCACAUGUUUUCGAGAGAUUCCAACGGCCAAGAACAAGGUUCCGGUAUGGGCAUUUUUCAAAUGA